AUCAUUGACGUUGACAGAUUGGUUUUUCAGAGUCAGCGAAUCAAGCUAAGGCCAUUUUAUUUGAAAAUUGUCAAAUAAGGAAACUGAAAAUACUGUGAUUUUGAAUUAAAUCCUGAGCUUUCUUCAGUUUUUAAUAUAAGUCAUUAUAAUAUGAAUCCUUGUUCCAUAGCGACUCCCCAACAGGAUACAGAAGGCGAUGGAAGAUGGAAUAGUAUUCAUAACAGAUUCCUUUCCGAUGCUAAAGGAAAAGAUGCCGAUGUAAUCUUCAUUGGUGACUCAAUUCUUCAAGCAUUGGAACAUACAGAAGUAUGGAACCAAUGGUUUGCCCCGUUACACUGCCUUAACUUCAGUAUACAUAGAGAUCAAACACAAAAUGUACUAUGGCGCAUUAAAAAUGGUGAACUUGACCAUGUAGAUCCAAAAGUAAUUGUGUUACAUGUAGGAACAAAUAAUAUAGAACACACAGCUGAACAAAUUUGUGAAGGUAUCAUAGAAAUAAUUCAUACUAUUCAAGAGAAACAUCCUAGUGUCUAUAUUGUUAUACCAAGUCUUCUCCCCAGAGGUAGACAUCCAAAUUCAUUACGGGAGAAACAUGUUAAAAUAAAUCAUUUGUUAAGAGAGAAAGUUGCCACUAUGAAAAAAGUAGAUAUGGUUUCAAUUGAUAAGGGCUUUAUUCAGAGUGAUGGAACAAUUAGCCACCAUGAUAUGCAUGAUUACCUAAUACCCACAAAUGCAGCCUUUCGGAAGGCCUUUGAGCCUGUUCAUGAUCUCUUGCAUCAGUUAUUAUCUGAAGGAGAACCAGAAAUUGACUUGACACCUUCAGAAUAAACAUUAUUAUAGUAUUCAGGAUAUAUAUCAGCUUUUUUUUUGGCAAGCUCAUUGUGAUUAUACAGUAGUACUUAUUUAUAAUUAGCUUUUUUAUUAUAGGCUUAAGAAUUUAAUGUGUUGAAUAGUUUAUAUUUCACUAACUAAUACAUUCCUGGUUUUAUUGUGUAUUGGCUGUGUAUAUUUAAGAAUAUUUGAUUUAAAAAAUAUAAAAAUGAAGUAAUUACUUAUGAAGAUAAUGAUUGUAAAAUAUUCAACUCAUACCAAAUGAACUAUUUUUGUAUCUGCAAACAUUUU